AUGUUUUUCGAGUCCGGAUUCAACUUACAACAUGCGCGAACUUUUUCCCAAGUCAUUCCACUCCAUCCAAGAUCGUCCGGACCGAAUUCGCUGACCACAGUCUCUUUUGCCAAAUCCUUUGUGGAUCCGGAUACUGAAGGUCCGCAGUCGACAGCCACUGACAAACAGGAACAGGAUUUCCGUGCCCAGCAUGAUCGUCUCACCCAGUACCUGGAUAUUGUCGAAGUACACCUGGCUGAACAAAUAGAGCAAGGAAAACUUGUAAUCCAAUUCAAGUUCAACGAGCAGAUUAAUCGACAAAAGGAUGGUGUGGCUAUGGGAUCACCUCUAGGACCGUUGUUUGCC